AUGGAGAAAAAGUGUUCUUUGUAUACACUCAUUAUAGUAGUGUUGACAUCAUUGAUAAUCAUUGCUUUAACAACAACAGUGAGUCGCAUCGUAUUUAGAUAUGGAUGGAAAUUUAGAUAUAUGUACUAUGUCGCUAAAGAAAAAUAUCAGGGUUACGGUGUUGAAGAUGAUGCUAACAAUCAACGCUUUUACCGCUUUGAUGCCUUCAUCUCGUAUGCUGACCAAGAUGGAAAAUUUGUCGCUAAACUAGUGAAUAAGAUUGAAAAUGAACAUAACUUGCGACUGUGUAUUCACGAUAGAGAUUUUAUUCCUGGUACAGGAAUAAUGGACAAUAUCACAAAUGCCAUUCAUUGUAGUAGACGAACUGUCUGCAUUAUGACGUCACAUUUUCUAAACUCAUAUUGGUGCAUGUUUGAAUUAAACAUGGCAAGAAUGGAAACCAUUUAUUCUCGUAACGGCGGAAACGUUUUGUUUUUAAUAAUCUUAGAGAAGAAGGCAAUGAAAAACAUCCCUUUAUAUCUGAUGGAUCUAAUUAAGAAUCAGUCAUACUUGGAAUAUCUGGCUGACGAUAGAGCUGAGGAUUGUACUGUCUUGGUAUCUAGACUUGGUGAAAUAUUAAAAUCAAACAGAUAUGAAUUUUAA